AACGGUCUCUCCGGGCCCGCGAGCUGCCCCUCCCUCGGCAUCAGAGUGCAGCGUUGAAGUCGCGCGACGUGCGGCGGAGGGUGCGGAGCGCGCAGGAGGGGAAUUGUGGAGAAUCGAAACGGACUCGUGCGAGCCACGCUGUGCAUACCGGGAGUGCGUGAAGACGCCGGGAGCGUUUGGGCUUUAAACCGCGCACCGAGGGAGGAUGAGGAAGAACACGCAACACUAACGGAAAACGGUCUAUUCUCAAGGGCAUUAAAAUUACAAGGCGGUAUGAAUUUCAACUUUGCUAUGAAUGCGCAGACUCGUCUGUAGCGACUAAAGAGGGAGAAAACGCGGAGGAGAAACAAAACAAAACACACUGUGGACCUGUCAACUUUUGCAUUUAUAAAUGGAGGAAAGAGCUAAAUAGAAACGACACAUUCUGCUAACGUGUUCUUUUAUUUCGCAUCCUUGGCUGUGAGGAAACCGAAGCUCUGGAUAAGUCGUUGGUUUGCGUAAAGCUCGGUCCUUCGCGUGCUGCAGAACAACUGUGGCGUUCCGUAUCAGAAUACAAGAAAGAAACGCGACUACGAGGCAUUGCGCAUUUUGACAACAUCGCCUAUAUUUCUAGUGCAAACGCGACGUGGGUUUAAUAAAAAUAAAAAACAUGUAUGCGUGAAGCCGUGGGUAGCCUAUGUUGGACUGGCUGUAAUUAUAGUUCUGUGUUUCGGAAUUUGUGGAUGGUAAGCGACCUGAAGUUAUAGGAAGUUGUUCUGGACAGAGAUGGAUUCACGGUGUCAAAUGCCACUGCGGAUGCUACUCCUCACAUAUUUUUGACAAGACAUAAUAAGCGCCCGAGUUUGUUUUGCCUAACUUUUAAUUUUUUGUAUUUUUUAUUUUUUGAAAAGCGAGAAUGACGUUUCGUAAUCUUGGGACUGUUCACAAAACGGAAUGUUUGCGGGGUGCCUCGCGAGCAGUUGUGGCAAAGCAUGCAGGGAGAACCACAGCUUGAAAAAAAAACUUUUUAACGCGCGGCUGUUUUCAUUGAAGAAAAAUCAGAUAAGGAAUGAAUGAACAUCGACGCUCUCCAUCUGCGCGCGCUCUCCUCUGACACGGUCGGAAAAUUCGAGUUUAUGGGAAUAAAAAAGAGUGCUUCGCGGAAUUAAGUUUAUCUCUAAUUGGAAAAUCGAAACAGUUUCGCAUGUGUAAUUAAGCUGGCGACUCCCCAUUAAGCAAUAUCAAUACCCCAUUAAAAACUCUCCCCUUGCUUUCGGCUACCGAGCACAAGCGCGAGUUUACCGAAUGGAGUUGUCACUUCUGGUUUUAACCCUCGCGUGUCGCGCGUGGGCGUGGGCCGAGGAGAAGGUGAUCUCCGACAGACACGCCGUCUACUGGAACAGCACCAAUCCCAGGUUCCGUCGUGGGGACUACACGGUGGGGCUGAGCAUUAAUGACUACCUGGACAUCUACUGUCCGCACUACGCCAGCGCGCUGCCGCCGGAGCGCAUGGAGCGCUACGUGCUGUUCAUGGUGAGCCUCGAGGGCUUCCGUAGCUGCGACCCGCGCAUGCGCGGCCUGAAGCGCUGGGAGUGCAGCCAGCCCCGCAGCGCCGCCGGCCCCCUGCGCUUCUCCGAGAAGUUCCAGCUCUUCACCCCCUUCUCCCUCGGGUUCGAGUUCCGGCCCGGACACGAGUACUACUACAUCUCCUCCCCCCACCCUAACCACGCAGGGAGGCCGUGUCUGAAGCUGAAGGUGUAUGUGAGGCCUGGCAAUGAGUCAGGUUACAGGUCUCCAGAGCCCUUUCUGACAGAUGAUGGGUCAGACUGCAGCGUUGCCCUGACAUUCCUCGCCAUGGUGACGGCUGUGGUGCUGAUGCUGCUCUCCCUCUCAUAGUACACUCCCCUGCCCCCAGCGCCCCCAUCCGCGUGGUUUCAGCGGUAACCUCACCCUAGCUGCCUCUGUCUCCACCUCCCGCGCCACCCUGCCUGCCUCCAUCUUGAGUCUCUCCACACAGGCAGGACCCCGUAGCGUACUACAGCACAGUGCUAUGAAACCAGGCUUCCCUGUGCCCCUGCUGCCGGUGGACAGCCAAGCUUCACAGAUGUGAUUACAUUCACAAGCCACCAGGGGGAGCCCUGCUGUGGUUACUCUGCAUGACCACCUAGGGGAGACCUUCUGUGGUGGUUACAUUGACUGACCACCAGGGGGAGACCUGCUGCGAUUACACUGAAUGGCCACCAGGGGGAGAACUUCUGUGAUUACACUGAAUGACCACCAGAGGGGACCUUAUGUGGUGGUUACACUGACUGACCACCAGGGGGAGACCUGCUGCGAUUACACGGAAUGACCACCAGGGGGAGACCUGCUGCGAUUACACUGAAUGACCACCAGGGGGAGACCAUCUGUGGUUACCCAAAGACCUUCUGCCUUUACACAGCGUGACCGCCAGAUGGCGCCCUAUUGUGGUUACACUAAGCGGCCACCGGGGGAUCUCUCCAGGCAAUGUGCUGGGGCCUCAACUGUCCUCCUUCAGGUGGAUUAUCCUGUGUCCAAUGCAGCAAGACAUAUUUUGAAUAUUGUGACCACUCGCGUUAAGAGAUUCUCCGUCAUCUCCCUCAAUCUCUGUUCCUCAAUAAGCUCACCCAACCCUCCAAAGUAUGGGAGGAACCUUACUGUGAAUCUGCCAAGGUCGCUAAUCCGUUCAGUCCUUUAGCCGCCAACCCGCGUUUAGUCCUUUAAACGCCAACCCGUGUUUAGUCCUUUAGCCGCUAACCCGCGUUCAGUCCUUUAGCCGCUAACCCGCGUUCAGUCCUUUAGCCGCUAACCCGUGUUCAGUCCUUUAGCCGCUAACCUGUGUUCAGUCCUUUAGCCGCUAACCCGCGUUCAGUCCUUUAGCCGCUAACCCGCGUUCAGUCCUUUAGCCGCUAACCCGCGUUCAGUCCUUUAGCCGCUAACCCGCGUUCAGUCCUUUAAACGCCAACCCGCGUUUAGUCCUUUAGCCGCUAACCUGCGUUCAGUCCUUUAGCCGCUAACCCGCGUUCAGUCCUUUAAACGCCAACCCGCGUUUAGUCCUUUAGCCGCUAACCCACGUUCAGUCCUUUAGCCGCUGACCCGCGUUUAGUCCUUUAAACGCCAACCCGCGUUCAGUCCUUUAGCCGAUAACCCGCGUUCAGUCCUUUAGCCGCUAACCCGCGUUCAGUCCUUUAGCCGCUAACCCGCGUUUAGUCCUUUAGCCGCUAACCCGCGUUUAGUCCUUUAGCCGCUAACCUGCGUUCAGUCCUUUAGCCGCUAACCCGUGUUCAGUAGCUGAUGUGUUUAUGGGGCUGAAAGUGGGCUCGGGUGAGGGGCUGCUUUUGGAAUGGUUAUCCUCUCAGGCUGAAGAUUGUGGCAGUUUACGAUCGCUGACUGACGUUGAGGUGACGGAGCAGAAAAGACACUGUGUGCUCGUGCAUUUUAUUUAAAGACAUCUUUUUUUAUAUGCAUACAUGGGGGGAACAAAGUUUAAUAAGAAAACAGACAAUCUGCCUUUUUUUCCAUGGUGCUGGGUCUGAGGCGAGCCUCACGUUUCCGUUGAGUAGAAAUGAGCUCUUCGCCUCUGGCUUUCUUUUCCCCGUUUGUCUCCAUCUCCUCUCUUACUCGCUCUCGCUGGCUUUUAAUGUGCAGCUUUGUCCGAUACGGCAUCACUGAACUCGCAGAAAUGCGACUCAAAUGACCUUUGAACUCCCGGACCACUGAGCCGCUUGUGUUCAGCAACUCAAAUCCGGCUUUCCGUAAUUUCAGGAAAGAAAAAAGAAAGGAAUUGGGCCCAGAACAAGACGAACAUUUGCCUCUGCUACAGGGACUCGGAAGGUAAGAGAGGCUUGCACUGGACAUGGACAUGAAACUUUCCUAAAUAUAUUUGUCAGUAUUUACUUUGUUCUGUUACAUUUUUUCACCUUAAAGUUCUUUACAAAAAACGUUACAAGAAAUAAUUCAUAUAUGUCUUGAACUUUCAAUGUGAGCUAUUGAAUCUCUGUUGUCAAAGAUGUUUUAGAAAAGAGCUGUUUUUCUGUAGUUCUCUUGCUUGUUACGCAAUGCAUUCUGGUACUUGUAGGCCUGUAAUUGUUUUCAAAAGCAUCUUACAAAUGUGAUUGUCAAACCAUGUUUUGUUUUUGUUUGCUUUUGUUACUUUUAUAUCUUUCCAGUUUGUCUUGUUUUGGCAAAUAAUCAAAAAAAGCAGAAAAUAAAGCUUUGUCACAGCA